GCAUCGAGGAGAAUGCAUAUUGAGAAAGAAAGGCAAGAUCACACCGUAUAAAUAUUUCCUAAAAAUAUAAAUUUAUUUUUAAAUUAUUUUUUACAAUUCAUUUUUGAAUAAAAAGAAAGAAAAUUGCAGGUCCUUUUAAAGUUUGUUCUUUGACUUUGUUUUACAUACCGGUGUUUCUUGUCAUGUUCCAAAGCGGAAGUGAAAAAUAAAAUAAGGAAGUUCAAAACUUUUUAUGAAGUUCGCUACUUAUCGUGGUUUUAUGGUGUUAUAUGAUCAUGCAAAUGAUAUACUAUUGAUAGGAGGGUGACAUAUUUAUAAAAAUGUAUUACGAGAUGCUACAAAUACCAUGAUGGAGACUGAAAAUACACGAAAGAAAGGCCUGAAAAAGCCACCAACACCACCGAAGCCUACAAUUCCACCAAAGCCAGGGGAAUCUGGAGAAAAGCCCAAGCCAGCGUUACCCAAAAAACCACCAGUUGCUCAUGUGAAGCCAUUUACAGCAAGAAAUGUGGAAUCCCCACCAGUGAUUGCAGUCAAACCCCUUAAAGACCCACCAGCCACCAAUUCACAUCAGGAACAAGAAGGAUUUGCUGCUAAAGAUGAUGCACCACCCCCAGGCAAGUCCCCACCCCCCAGACCCAGGGUACCUCCAAACGUCUGCUGGGGUCCACCGAAAGUCACCAAGAAGAUUAUGCUACAGAGCAUGAGCCACAAUCUCCGACCAAGAGCAGGUUCAAGCGACAACUUUGACUUAAACACCACAAAUAGUGAUGUCACAAUAGAAGGUGCAGAAAAGAGAAGUUACAGCACAUCUUCAGUAGAAAGUGAGUCACAUAUUGAUCAGUUAUUGGACAAGCCCUCUGAGAUUGAGGAAAAACAUGGAGAAGAGGAUUUUGAAAGUUAUAGCCCUCAAGUAUAUGACAGUGAUGAGAUUAAUAGAACAAGUAAAACUGGUUCAAAACCUAAGCCUCAACCUCGAAAACGAUCUUUGAUUAAUAAGCAUUUGGAUAAAACUCAUGAUUUUUCCUCAGUUCCACCUUUGCCUGUAAAAGAGAUAAAAUCAUUCCGGAUUCACCAAGAUGGUUUAGUUAGGGAGGCUUCGUCUAUAAGGAGUCGUCAUGGAUUAUUUGCAUCACCUUCAUGUGAGUCUGAUUCCAGUCUUUCUCCAAGAAGUUCUGAGGGGUCUCCAACAAGACCCCCUAGACUAAAGAAAACUCAAUCCAAAAUCAAUAAAGAGGCUAAGCAAAGAUUUUUGGCAAGACAGUCAUUGGAAAAAGAAGAUGAAACUAAUGUUGAAAACAUAAAUGGCGCUAUUGAUCAUAAUAAUGAGACACCGGACAGAGUGAAAAAUUCUAAAAAUAUAAAUGAUGGAUAUGAAAAAAGAAAUGAUGCGGCUAAACAUGAAGCUGGUUCUUCAUUGAGACGAAGUCGAUCUUUGGAACAUUUACAUGCAGUAGAAAUUGAACAAUCAAAUGGAAAGAUAGAAUUAACUCCUACAAAGAAACCCCCUCUACCCUUACCAAGAAAGGUGACUCCAGAGCCACCCCCUAGGCGUAGGAGUCGUAGGUUUACUAUAGAAAAUGUGUACAAUCCCAGUCAGAAAAUUCCAAUACAUUCAAAUGUUGGUAAAACACUUAGCGUUGAUAGUGCUAAUAGGACAAUAAAUGUAGGUGUUGCACCCGAGGAGCCAGAAACUAAGAUGGAGGUUACAAAUAACAAUGAUAUCAUGGCUAAAACAUUUAAUUCAGAUAUUGAAACACCUAAGAAAAUGCCUCCAAAACCAAAACCAAGGCGUUCAAAGUCAUUAGAAAAUUUAUUUGAGUCUUGCUCGUUUGAAGAAGAUCAAUCAAUUGAAAUGUCUCCGAUAUCACGGAAAAAUCGGUCCCAAUCUGUUGACAGAUAUUUAGGGGAUGCACCAGUAUUUGUGGCACCUCCACCACCUCCUUUGUCAGAGUUAAGAGAACCCUCUGAAACUACAAACCAAAAUAAUAAAUCCACAGAACCUGCAAGAAAUGUUGCCCAUGUACGACUCUCGGGAGGGGAUGUGUUCUUUUCAAAGGGAUCUGUUGAUAGUUUGGGAUCUGGGAAAUCUGGGGCUGGUACUGAUCAUUCAGAGGAUGAAACUGUCAAGAUGGAAUUGAGAAUUACCCACAGUCCCUCCCCCAAACGUGUCCCUCUUAGACCUGCCCCACCACCCCCAUCUGCUAAGUAUAUCAAUAGAGACAAAGAGUAUGACGCUUCGGGAUAUUUACAGCCUAUUGUGCAUGAUGAUUUAUCAGUCAACACUAAAAAUGGCACUUAUUCCUAUGCAGAUGUGCCACGUGAAGAUGAUGAUGAUGUGUUUCACCCAAGAUCCCGGAGCCUCUCUUUGGAUAGCAUACAAAGUAAAGGGAGUCAUAUAUAUGAAAGUGUUGGUUCUAAAGGAAGCACUCUCACACGCUCUAAUGAAGGACUGACUGAAGUUGAAGGGUCCUCCUCUAAACACAAUACCCUCACUAGAAAUAAAUCCUAUGAUCUUGCACUUGAUGAUGACACAUAUAGCUCAAUACAAAUUGCUACUAGCUCAGAUGAUGAAUCUUCUGCUUAUGUAAAUCAAAAUGUACCAAGUCCAGCUAGAAUACCGCCUAAUCCACCUCCCCGUAAUAGGCUGCCAAAAGACAGACUUGAGGCAGGCCUUAGUUGCUUGCUAGAUACUCCGGAGCCUUUAAGUGCAGUUAAAUCAAACACUAUGAAAUCAGAUAAAUCUGACGAUUAUAUAUAUCCAGAGAACUUCAAUCCUGAAACAGACUCAGAUGAUGAUAACGUAUAUUCUCCAGUAGACUUUUCAAAGAUCAAUUCAGCCGUUUCAUCUCCCUCAUCACAGCGCCCUCUAUCACAAUGCAGCUCAACCAGCUCUGGGAGUACCAGUACGUACUUUGAUAUGUCUAAUAUCAGUAAUAUCAGCCACAAUACAAGUAAUGCAUCUAGUAUGAUGUCUGAAAUGGCACCACAUCAUUCUGAUACGGACACUGACACCGAUGAGCCAAAUGAAGAAAUCAACAAGGAGAAAAGAGAAAAGAAGAUUAAGAAUAUUGCAACGGAAAUUAUGUCAUCCGAGAAAGUCUUUGUUGAUGUCCUGCAUUUAAUAAAUAUUGACUUUCGCAGGGCUGUAGCUGAUGGCUGCUCAGAAUUUGACCAGGAGAUUAUACCUAGCAGUAUGCUGAAUCAGAUACUCAACAACCUUCCUUCUCUUUACAAUUUCAACAAGACCCUCUCUCUUGAUCUCAAUAGCCGCAUUGAUAAAUGGGAAAGCAAUCCAAAGGUAGCUGAUAUAUUUGUGACGAUGGGCCCAUUCCUGAAACUUUAUACCUCUUAUAUUCGAGACUAUGAGAAGACAACAACAUUACUGGAGACUACGAAAGAAACUUAUCCACAUUUUGCAACAGUAGUGAAAAACUUUGAGUCAAGCCCUAAAUGUGCUCACCUGGCUAUAAAUCAUUAUAUGCUGAAGCCAAUUCAGAGGAUACCACAGUACAAGCUCCUACUUAGUGACUACCUGAAACACUUACCAGAGGACCAUCCUGAUUAUGAUGAUACUAUAAAAGCCUUAGAGAUUGUCACUGAAGUAGCUAAUCAUGCAAAUGAUGGGAUGAAACAAGGGGAGCAUUUCCAAAAGUUACUAGAGAUCCAGAAUAGCAUAGAGGGCCAGUUUGAGGUGAUCAAACCAGGCAGGCUACUUAUAAAGCAGGGUGUUUUGCUCAAACUAUCAAGGAAGGAGAUGCAACAGAGGAAUUUCUUUCUGUUCAAUGAUGUUCUUCUAUACACAACUCCUCUGACUAUGGGCUACAAGUUAAACCAUGUGCUUCCACUGACUGGAAUGAAGGUUAGCAAACCAGCCCAGGAAGACUUCGCCAAUGAGUUCAGCAUCUACAGCACACAGCGAUCAUUUAGCAUAUCUGCAAGUUCCCCGCAAGAGCGAGAUGAGUGGCUAAGUGCCUUGACAGGUGCAAUACAGAAUGUUAUGGUCAAUAGACGUAGCUUUAGAAGGUCCAGCAAAAGGUUACAGGACCAGAUUGAUAAGGUUACAAACAAGCCAGAUUUCAAGCUGGGGUCCAGGGCACCUAUCUGGAUUCCUGAUGCCAGGGUGACAAUGUGUAUGUUAUGUACCUCUGAGUUCACAGUCACCUGGAGGAGACAUCAUUGUAGAGCCUGUGGCAAGGUAACAUGUGGUAGCUGUUCUGACAACAAGGCUCCUCUUCUAUACCUCAAGUACAAGGCUGUAAGAGUUUGUGAUGAGUGCUUUGAAUCUCUUUCUAAGGAAUUUGAAGAGAAGGGCCCAGAAGAUACGUCAGGUAUUGAAGAGGAGGAAGAACUUCCAAGUGAAGCUACACUAUCAAAAACGUCCAUCAAAUCAAGGUUCCGAACAUUUAACCUAAAAGACAAAGGCAACUGGAAGAUAUUGGCAAAGAAAAAGCCUUCCGUGCUUAGAGAGGUGCAUGCUAACGAUAGUGGUGCCACAAUGAGUGGCUAUCUAAAGGUGUUCAAGGCAAAGGGAAAAUGGAAAAAGAUGUGGUACGUUCUAAAGGAUAAGGUCAUGUACACGUACAAGGCUAGCGAAGACACUGCUGCAAUGGAGAGUCUUCCACUUCUAGGCUUUCAAGUCAACACCUUCGACAAGUAUCAUGAUGGUGUUCAGCCUAACCUUGUCUUUGAACUGAAGCAUAACAACAAGUCAUAUCACAUCUUUAAGACUGAGAGUCCACCUGCGAGGGACAAGUGGCUUAAAGCGAUGCAAGAAGCAGUAGAAAUCGGUCAGAAAUAAUAUUAAUGAUACUUCACCAAAUGAACAUGGGACCAAAACAGAGAAACAAUGUGUAUCAAAGCAAACCAUAGAUCCAGUUAGCAACUCCAGGGUAUCUGAACUGACUAAAGCCAAAAGCUGGUAGCUCAAGUGAUUAUCAAUAAAACUUAUAAUUCUCCUUACUGACCUGCGAGUAAAACUCCCUUAAACUCUACCAACAACAGUAGGGUGAGCACUGACCACCUACUUAAUAGUUUACACUGUACUACACUGUAUAAAAGUAAACACAGUAGGUGAACUCCGUUGUAACUCACAUGGCAGUAAAGUAGUUCAAUUUUAGUUGACCUGUAUCCAAGAUGAAAACAUUCAUAGAAAGUUUGGUGGAGAUCGGUAUCUUCAGUUCUUGAUUAAACUAGUCAUAAAACCAUUAUACUAAAUAAUAGACUAGUAUAGAGGGUUAACCACCAAUAUAAAAUUAUUAUAAGUUCAAUAAUUGUUUCUGUAAUAAUGAGGAUCCUUGAUUAUCAACCUUCUUAAAAAUUAUGGCAAAUAUUGAACAUUUUAAAAUGUUUCAUUUCGUGAUCAGUAUAUAAUAGUCUAGAACUGGAGAUAGGUUGAGUAGAAUAGGUCCUCACCAAAGGGCGUCAAAGUUGAGAUAUUUCCGAAGUCUAUAAAUACCAAUUGUCAGAUGCUACCCUUGUAAUAUAGGAAGUUGUCCACAAGUUUGACCACCUGGGUACUUUUAGAUUUAUAUGUGUAUUGAAUUAUAUUUUUAUAUAGAUCACAGGGUUACAAUUGAAACAGAAUAUAGUGUCACAAGUUCAACCAGAACUCUCAUUUUUUGAUUCACUUUUUCAUAACUGCUGAGCCAUGUGUGAUUUUAAAGUAAUAAAUCUAUUUAACUAUGUGUCAUAUUUACAUUAUUGUAUAGCAUUUUGUACUUCAAAUAUUGUUGUAUUUCUGGUCACACAACACUAAAUUUAUAGUAUAAUGUAGAGAAAUAUUGAAACAAUCAGGAGAAACAUUUAAGAGCCUGUAUUUUGGGACCAGAUCAAAACAUCAUUGCAUAUCAAUACAAAAAGUUCAUUGUAUUCUUACUUUACCCCCCCCCCCCUUCCUAUAUUUGUCAUUGAUUUCCUUAAGGGUAGAUAAUUAUUAUCUUCAACCUAGCAGAAUUGGACUUUUGCCCCCUCCCAUCAUCAACAACAUUUACUUCACAUUGAUAUAUUCAAAACUAAAUAAAACUAAAAUGUAUAGUGCAAUAUUAUGAAUAUAAAAGAUAUAUAGUCUUGCAUCAAAUGUCCUUAUAUUAUAUUAUUUCGUAUUUCACACCCCACCCACUUCCCUUCCUCAUAUGCCAAUGAGAGGGAGUUUUAGGCACUUGAUGCAAAACUAUAUGUGAAGCAUUUUAAAUGCAUUGGAAUUCUGGUGCAUCGAAUAUAUUGUAUUUAUAUCAUUUUAUAUAUAUAUAUACAUGUGUAUUUGUGUUACAGUGCACAAGUGUAAUUGAAACUGUAAUAUUAAAAUAUUACAUGUAUAUAGAAUUUUGAAUGUGUGUAACGUAAUAAUAAUGGGAUAGCUUAACAUGAAUAUGUUUUGACGCAUCCCAAAUAUAUAUAUAAACAUACAGGGUGCUUCAAAACAAAUUAUAGCAAGACAAAACCUGAAAUAAAUCUGUGAAUGAUGAAGAAAUGUUUUUAAACUUUGGUCAUUUGAUAGACAAAUUAAUUAUCAUGAAUAUCUUAAAGUUUCAUUGAGUAACUCUAUUUGGUUUUAAAAGAUACAAUUUCCACAUUUGGAACUGCAUUCAGCUCUGAUGGAAAUCAUUUAGAGUACAUAAAUGUUAAAUUUCUCCAUAAGUAAUUUACAAAUUCUCUUUAUCACGUGCAAAGUUCAGCUUUUUGAUGAAGGAAAAAAGAGUUAUUUCAUUUGGGUACAAUUAUCUUUGGGACACCCUGUAUAUUAUUAAUAUUCAAAUUUUGAACAAGCAUUGAUCAUGGUCAUGUGCAUUGAACCAAGGAUUUAUUUAAUACCAGGGGCUUAGUAUGUGCACCGAACGAAACAAAAUGAACUCUGGGGCUUAGUAUGGUCCUUAUUACACUAGUGGACUAAAUUGGUUGAUAAACAGUAACGGUAAAAAGCUAAAUACCAAAUACAUUAAAUUUGCGAACGAGGCAUGUUACUGGUAUUAUGUUCACCCUUGAUUUAACCAUAUAUUUUGAUCUCAAACAUUGGUCUGUAAAUAUUUUAAAACAAUGAAAAUGUGAUAUAGAUGUUGAAUGCUAGUUUCAGUCUGAAUAGAAAAUUCAAUGUUUUUAGUUCAGUAGUUACAUGUGUUUUGUAAUGUACAAUUAAAAAUGUUGAACGAGAAUUUAAUCUUUCAUAAAAUAGUUGGGUAAAUGAAUUUAGGCAUAAAAUGAGUUGUUUUUAUCUCAAAUUGUAUUUUUAAAAGAGGUAUUUUGAUUAUUUAAUAUUUGUAAGAAGGUUGGAUGACGAAUGUCAUACCUCCAUCUUGAAUGCAAACCUUGAGCAUUCAGCAUUCAUUUUCUGAGUUGUUCAUUUUAAAGGUAUCACUCUACUAAAUAUAUUUUGUAUGUUUUGUUACAUUGUGUUAUUGCUUGAACUAACUUGUCGUUCAAAUGGCACAAUCUCUUUGUCACAAUAAACAAUGUGACAUCGGUGGCAUAACAAAAAGGUGCAUGAUGGCUGGAAGGAAAUAAAUGAAAGAAUAGAUAGGCCAUGUGACAUAUUUUUUAAUGUAUUCAUCUGGAAAUGGCUAUUUUCUAAUCCAUAUUUAUUUGCCAAUUUGUCUUAAACAUGUUAAAUGUUGUUUUUUAUUUUAAAAUAUUUAUUGUCUAGAUUUAAAAUUACAUACACUGCUAACACUGUUAGCUUCAUAUCAUUUGAAUUGCUGUAACAGCAUAGUAAAUACAUGGUCUUUACUAUAGAUAUAUAAGGUUAAAUAUAGACUAUAGUAAAGAUUUGACAAAUCACUGACUUUUUUCUUCAGGUCGGUGAUGUAAAAAGCUUCAUGCCUAAUUUCCAGCACAAUGCAAUUAAGUUUAGAGGUCACAUAGAAAAUAGCUCAAAAGUGGGUAAUUAUUUUGUAAUGUACUUCAGACUGUACUAGUUGUAUAAUUAGUUAUAGAAGUAUUUGAAACAUUUUCUUCUGGGUUAUCUGUCUAUUAAAGGCUAACCUUUAAAAUGUCAUUAUCAAAUAAACUAUGUAAAAAUCUAUAUUUGUAAAUAUAAUAACAGUCAUAUACUGUAAACAUAUUGAUUUGUUUUGUGUGCCUUGCUUGUUUUUUCCAAAACUUCUCUGGUCAAACUUUUUUUUAAGAUUUACCAUUUUCGCUUUUUGUAUUUUUUAAAAAAUAAAGUUGAAAUAAAAAUCGUUAUUAUCCUUUUUGAAA